GAUAAGGUCAACAAGCAGGCCGGGAGACGGGAUGCUGAUCUUCAUAAGGCUGCCUUGACCAUGUACUCGGGACCCCCACCAGCGGGGGGUCGGGGUAAAGGACGAGGAGGUCGCAGGAGCGGGGGACGUGGCCAGCGCAAGCAAUAUCGUCAAUCGGUGGACAGGGAUUGCUGUUUUCUGUGUGGGCAACGUGGACACUGGGCAAAGAAAUGCCCUCAGGCCCGGGAGGAACGCGAGAGUGGCAAGGAAGCUCCACACGCGGACUGACGGUGCGAGUGGGGGGAGGCGAUCCCAGGGACGGAGGAUUACACCGCUGAUAUUUCAGCUGCAGCGGUACAGGGAAGUGAGACACCACACACACACACAGUAGAUAGCGAGACGCCAUACACACACACAGUAGAUAGCGAGACGCUACACACACACACAGUAGAUGCUGAGACGACACACACACACAUGGUCAAUGUGGAUGAGAUGCACACACACAUCUUCCUAUCACAAGAGCAAUACAAGAAGUUUCCCAUUUACACCCUGGUGGUUAAUGGCCAAAAUGUACAUUUCAUGGUGGACACGGGUGCCACCCAUUCUGUUAUUCAGGAUGGUGUCCUCACUCCCGCCCCAGGACUGAGUGGGGAUUCCAUCCUGUCCAUAUCGGCAUCUGGACAUCAGCAGAGGGAGCGGUUUACGGUUCCAUUAACCUGUUCACCCUCUACAGGAUCGCAGUUCACUCAUAAAUUUCUCCUCUCUAAAUUAUGCCCGAUCAAUUUGCUGGGCAGGGAUCUGAUGUGUCAACUCAGGCUCACGGUUGUGUCAGGACCUGAGGGGUUGUCUAUUUCGGGACCCCCCACUGGCCCUGAGGAGGACAACAUGAGCACACUCACAAUGGUCAAAUAUUGCCCUUUGACCCCAAACUAUGUGUACCAAUGGAAGAUUGGUCAACAACCGACAAGUUUGCAUUGGCUGGAAUUAUGUCGGGCUAGAGUGGCGCCCUCCUCAGUUUUCAUGGAGGCGGCAGAUUUGCACUGCACGUCUUAUUUCUGUCGUGAAGGUCCAGAUGACGAGUAUGAGGAGCAGUUCUUUAAGCAAACACAUGAUAGACUCAUCCUUCAGUGCUUGGUGUGGGACAAAUCUUUCUGUGCUCUCUCGGUCCAACUCACACCGACUCAGAGUCCCUUAUUUCGAGGGUGGGGAGGUUCCUCACCUCACAUUUCCCUGGCUCGACCGUCGAACCGGGCUUGGAAACACUUAGGGGCAUUUAUGCUGAAGGCUUCCAGAGCUAAAGAUUGGGAGCCCACUUCUGACCCACAUGUUUUAUACUCCUCAUCAGCUCGCGUGUAUUGUCAAGCACUCCCUAGUGCUGUUCACUGUCAGCGUACUGUGCGGCUGGAGUGCCAGUAUGAUUCACUUCUCUCUCUCUCUCCUUGUGCCUCUCCCUCCACAACAGCAGCCCUUGACUCGCUGCCAAAGCAGCUGUGGGCUGAAAACAAAUAUGACGUCGGACUGAUAAGGGGGUGUGAGCCUGUCGUCAUCACACCCAAAUCUUCUUUCCGGCCCUGUCAGAAGCAGUAUCCGCUGAAACAGGAGGCCGUGGCAGGCAUAACUCCUGUGUUUCAUUCGUUGCUAAAAGCAGGGGUGAUUGUGCCCUGCCCCUCCUCACCAGUGCGCACUCCGCUGUUUCCUGUGAAAAAAAUUAGGGGCCCUGGUGAACCAGUGGAGUGGCGAUUUGUUCAGGAUCUACAAGCUGUGAAUAGGGCGGUGGUCCCCAGGUCUCCCACCGUUCCUAACCCGCACACCAUUUUAUCUCAGAUACCGUCCACAGCUACGUUUUUUUCUGUGAUUGACCUGUCAAAUGCAUUUUUCUCUGUUCCAGUUCACCCGGAUUCACAGUACUGGUUUGCAUUUGAAUUCGAGGGGAAACCGUACACCUUCACACGGCUGUGUCAAGGUUAUUGUGAGUCUCCUACCAUCUAUAAUGCGGCACUGCGUGAUUCUCUCUCCUCCCUUGUGCUGUCCCCAGGUUCGGUCCUUCUGCAGUAUGUGGAUGAUCUCCUGGUCUGUGCGCCUACGGAGGAGCAGUGUCAGACUGACACACUUGCAUUGUUGCGUCAUCUUUGUGAGCAGGGUCACAAGGUCAGCAGGAGGAAACUGCAGUAUGUUCUCCCCACUGUCACCUUCUUGGGGCAUGUGAUCUCCUGCUCCGCUCGGAAGCUGUCAGACUCUCGCGUUGCUGCGAUACGCAACAUUCCAAAACCCGUCACUAAGAAACAAAUGAUGUCCUUCUUAGGCAUGACUGGUUAUUGUAGGAAUUUUAUUCCUAACUAUUCAUUUCUUGAGUCCCCUCUUACCAGGUGUAUCUAUGGGUCACACCUUGCGGCGCAAGAACCAGUCCCGUGGACCACGGAGGCCGAGGCUGCAUUUGUGGCUUUGAAGGAGGCCCUCCUCUCUGCUCCGGCUCUGGCUCUGCCUGAUCCAACCAAACCAUUCACACAGAUGGUGGAUGAGAAGAAUGGCUUCAUGUCAUCUGUUCUUUUACAGGCUCAUGGGGACCUGCUUCGUCCGGUGGGGUACUACUCCUCGCGGCUAGAUGCGGUGGCUGCGGGGCUCCCACACUGCCUGCGUGCUGUUGCGGCGGCGGAGAAGGCGGUUUUGGCAUCCAGAGACAUAGUGGGUUAUUCUCAGCUCACUGUUAUGGUACCACACUCUGUGUCGGUCAUUCUACUUGAACAGCGUACCUCGCACCUCUCUGCGGCGCGUUGGCUCAGGUAUACUACUGUUUUGCUGGACAUGCCUAACAUCACUGUUCAGCGGUGCACCAGGCUUAACGCGGCAACCCUCCUCCCCACUGAGGAAGAUGGGGAGCCGCACCAAUGUGAUCAGGUCUUGUCACAGGUCUGCACCCCGCGGGUGGAUCUUUCUGACUCUCCUUUGCCUAAUUCUGAUCUCAUCUUGUAUGUAGAUGGCUCCUCCUCUCGCGAUGUGACCGGAAGAAACCGGGUGGGUUUUGCUGUUUGCUCCGAUCACGACACCCUGGUGUCCGGCUCCCUUCCGGCUCACUUCUCGGCUCAGACUGCGGAGCUGGUGGCCCUCACUGAGGCCUGUAAGCUCUCCAGGGGGAAAACUGUCACCAUUUACACGGACUCUCGCUACGCCUUUGGCGUGGUGCACGACUUUGGUGUCCUGUGGAAGCACAGGAAUUUUCUGACGUCUGGUGGUAAACCGAUCCUGAAUGCAUCUCAAGUUUCUGAUCUGUUGGAUGCUAUUUUGUUACCCUCUGCUGUUGCUGUUGUGAAAUGCUCUGCACACACAGGCUCUGCGGAUUCAGUCUCCAGGGGGAACGCUGCUGCUGAUGCAGCUGCCAGACGGGCGGCGAGUGCACCUCCGGCUCCUCAGCUGACUGUUGCUGACUCCGAGGCCCCCUCAGCUUCUCUUGCUGAGGUUCAAUCGCUGGCUACGCCUGAUGAUCGCCGGCUUUGGUCCUCGAGCGGGUGCAGGUUCGCUGACGGGGUGUGGGUGUCUUCGGAUGGACGUCCCUGUCUCCCUCGCCGCCUCUUCCCUCAUUUUGCUAAGCUUGCUCAUGGUGUUGAUCAUGUCUCCAAGGGGGGAAUGGUACAACAGGUCACAUCUUUGUGGUUUACCAGGGGAUUCUCGGUUGUGGCGGAGCGGCACUGUAAGACAUGUUUGGUGUGUGCAGCUCACAAUGUCGGCCAUGUCCGGCCUGUGGGGAGCGCUGCUCACCCGCCGUCUGAGUUCCCUUUUGACCACCUGAUGAUGGACUUUGUGGAACUGACUCCUGCAGAGGGUAAGAAAUACUGCCUGGUGGUUGUUGACAUGUUUUCCAAAUGGGUGGAGGCUUUUCCCACCAAACAUGCGGACAGCGGAGCGGUAGCCAAAGCACUCCUGACUGAAAUCAUUCCGAGGUGGGGCAUUCCCACCAGAAUCACGAGUGAUAACGGAACCCAUUUUGUAAAUAAGGCGCUGACGGAGGUCAGCAAUAGAUUGGGGUUCCAGUUACGUACACACUGCUCUUAUCAUCCACAGUCUGGAGGAGCAGUGGAAAGAGAAAAUGGCACUUUGAAGGCCAAGCUGGCUAAAUGUUGUGAGGACACGGGCCUUUCGUGGCCUAAAGCUCUUCCUCUUGUGCUGAUGGCCAUGCGCAUGCGUCCGAGAGCCAGAACAGGUCUCAGUCCAUUUGAGACACUGUUCGCGCGCCCGCCUCAGACAGGCUUGGAGCCUCCGCGCUGGCAAGCCUUGUCUACUGAUAUGUGUGACAGCAGCAUGGUGUCUUAUUGUGCCGAUCUCUCCAAGACUCUGUUUCAGAUCAGGCAGACCGUGAAGGAGGCUCUUCCGCGCCCGGCUGAAGGCCCUCUACACCGACUGAACCCAGGGGACUGGAUCCUGGUGAAGGACUUCCGCAGGAAGCACUGGAAAGCCAGACGGUGGCUCGGUCCGUUCCAAGUCCUGCUGGUGACUCACACUGCCGUGAAGGUAGCAGAGCGAGCUACCUGGAUCCACGCGAGUCACUGUAAGCUCCUUACGGUGCCACCGCCGGCUCCGACAGCUGAUCUCCCAGCCACAGGGCAGAAUAAUCCCUGAGAUCAGCUCCCGUGUGGGGUAGUC